AUGGUGGGGAUCUGCCGGACAGCAAGGGGAGCGCAGGGUUUGUCCAUGGCGAUCAAUCGUCGAGAGGCUCUUGCGCUUGUGGCAGGAAUCUCACUCCCCACUUAUGCGUUUGCGGAUUCCACCGGCAAGUUCUCUUCUAAGCGCACAGCCAAGAAUCGCUACGUACCCCGUGUGAAGAAGGGCCUUGAGAUCAUGGACGGCAUCGAGUCAGGCAGAGCUACUAUCGAACAGCUGCUGGAGAUCGAACCUGACAUGGUGAACGCAAUGAAGCUUUACGGGGAUGCCCAGAAGAAGAGUGAGGUGCCCGACAAGAUCAGCAUUCGAUUGAACAAGGACGCCGAAGCUUUCUCUCAAGCUAUCAAGGCCGCAGGGAGUAAUGCGGACAUUGCCAAGGUCAAGGCAUCAUGGCAAACGUACUAUGACCACCUUCCUCGUGAUGGCAAGGAGCCUUUCACCUCAGGCCUUGCCCCUGUAGCUGCCAAGUAA